AUCUGUCACAAACUGACAAGGCUGAGGGCAGGAGGAUGAUUUUUCGGCUGAUUGCCUUGCGAUGAAUCAUGUAUACUUCGCCGAGACCUCUGUUUUUAACUUAAUGUGCAGAGACUUUCCCACACACAUAAUGUGAGUGGAUCCAGCGGGCUCGUUAAUAGCUUGAUGCUGUGGAGACUUAACUGCUCCACCGUCUGACAAGAAGCGAGCAAAGCGGAUUCUGGAGGCUGGUGAGAAAGUCGACGGUCACCCGCGGACCUCGGAGGGCUAAUGGCUCGGAGGCUGGGACGGAUAGCUCACCUCGCCCACUUACUCUGCUGCUUGGUUCUGGCUUGUUCCACAGAUAAAGCGGGCAAAGGGCGAACCAGUAACCUGAAGCCAAAGAUGUACAAGUACGACCACAUCACAAAGUAUGAAAUAAUGGUGCCCCAGUGGCUCAGCUCAGGUCCUCUGGAAAGCGUUCCGUCUCACAAGCAGCAUCCGACAUGGGCAGAGAUCCGAGUCAUCGCUGAAGGAAGUGACCAUGUUUUACAGAUCCAGAAAAAUGAGCAGCUGCUGGCACCAAGUUAUGCUGAGACUCACUAUACCCAGGAUGGAGAGGAAAGGACCACUUUCCCUGGCCGUAAGGCACACUGUUUUUACCAUGGCAACGUGAAGGGAUUUGAGCAUUCCACUGUAGUAUUGAGUACGUGUGGAGGUCUGAGGGGUUUGAUAAUUCUGAACUCAAACAUCAGCUACUUCGUGGAGCCACUUGACAACAGCCGCAGUCAACAUCUCAUCUAUAGGUCUGAGUACCUGAAGCUGAAAAGUGGGACCUGUGGUCACCAACAGAGUGAGCACAAGGAAGACUGGUUCAAAGAUUUCGCUGUCCAUCUUCAUCCAAGUCACCAUCGGAGCAAGAGAGAUGUGGUGAAGGAUAUGAAGUAUGUGGAACUUUAUUUAGUGGCUGAUUAUGCUGAGUUUCAGAAACAUCACCGGGAUCUUGAGAAAACAAAACAGAAGUUGAAGGAAACUGCUAAUUAUGUUGAUAAGUAUUACAGAUCUCUCAAUAUCAGGAUUGCUCUGGUUCAUCUGGAGGUAUGGACUCAUCAGAACAGGUGUGAAGUGAGGGAGAAUCCCUACAGCACCCUCUGGUCCUUUCUAAAAUGGAGACGGCAGGUAUUGACCUGGAAGAAGCAUGAUAAUGCACAGCUCAUCACGGGGAUCACCUUCAAUGGCACUACAAUUGGCUUGGCACCCUUGAUGGGCAUGUGUUCAGAUCAUCAGUCAGGAGGUGUGAAUAUGGAUCACUCUGACAGUGCAGUUGGAGUUGCUGCUACCAUGGCCCAUGAGAUGGGACACAACUUUGGUAUGAGCCAUGAUUCUGAUGGCUGCUGUUCAGCUCGUCCAGAGGACGGAGGAUGUAUCAUGGCAGCAGCCACUGGGGAUCCAUUUCCCAAAGUUUUCAACAAAUGCAAUGAAAAGGAGCUUCAGAAGUACCUGCAUGAAGGUGGAGGGAUGUGCCUUUUCAACAUGCCUGAUGUGAACACUCUGUAUGGAGGCCGAAGGUGUGGGAAUGGCUAUGUAGAGGAAGGCGAGCAAUGUGACUGUGGAGAAGUUGAAGAAUGUACCAACAUUUGUUGUAAUGCUAAUAACUGCACUCUGAAGGUAAAUGCAGAAUGCGCUCAUGGGAUCUGCUGUCAUAAUUGCAAGUUGAAGAGCUCUGGCACAGUGUGCAGGAAGUCAUCGGGACCAUGUGACCUACCUGAGUACUGCUCUGGCACCUCGGAAUUUUGUCCAGCCAACUUUUACCAAAUGGAUGGGGUCAGCUGUGAUGGAGGUCAUGCUUAUUGCUACAAUGGGAUGUGCCUGACUUAUGAAAACCAGUGUGUGCUACUUUGGGGUGCUGGGGCUCGAGUUGCUCCGACAAAAUGUUUUGAAAAUGUGAAUUAUGCUGGGGAUGCCUAUGGCAACUGUGGCAAAGAUCAUCGGGGAAAUUACCGCAAGUGUGACACUAGGAAUGCCAAGUGCGGGAAAAUACAGUGUCAAAGUCAUGCUAGGAAACCGCUUGGGCCAAAUGCUGUUGCCAUAGACACCACUAUAGUGGUAAACGGGAAAAAGGUGCAAUGCAGGGGAACCCAUGUGUACACAACUCUCGAGCUGGAAGGGGACAUGUUGGAUCCAGGACUGGUCAUGACUGGAACAAAAUGCACUGACAACCAUAUCUGCUUUGAAGGACGGUGUCAGAACGCUUCCUUCCUGGCCGCUGAUGAGUGUGCUGCAAAAUGCCACAAUCACGGGGUCUGUAACAACAACCACAAUUGCCACUGCGAGCCUGGCUGGGCACCACCUUUCUGCAACAAACGGGGCCACGGAGGCAGUGUGGAUGGUGGAGUUGGAAAGCCUGACUAUAAUAGUCUGAUUGCAGCAGGAAUUGUGGUGCCAGUCAUUCUGUUGCUGUGUGGCAUUGGAGUCGUUUUGUAUUACUGUUACCAACGGAGAUACAUCUGUCCUCAGGGCAUCAGGAACUCAAGGCCUGACGCAAAGCAGUUCUGUGGUAUUUCUAACAUGCUGAAGGAUUAUGAACGAUACGUGAAGCAGAAUGUGAGCAGUGCAGUUUCAUUUCCCAGUGCUGAUAAUGUAGACCAGAAAACAAACAACAGCCAUUCCAACCCAACCUUCCAAAUCAGAAACAAAGAUGCAAAGACUGGACAACAGCAGAGCCCUGCAGUGCCUUCAAAACCACGAUUACCUCACUCUGUUCAUCCUCAGCAUCCAGGUUUACUAUUACCGACCCUUCGGUCUACCUCUCCAGCCAGCAAUAGCCAGCAGGUCUUUAAAAUGCCUAGCCCUAGAAUACCAGGAUUGCAAUCUUCAAUUACUGCAAAAGAUGCUGAUGUUAAAUUUUCAAAACAAAGUCCACCAAACAGACCUCUGCCAGCAGAUCCUCUCCCUCGGACUCCAAAGAGCUUACAAAGCCAGACAGCACUCAGCGCUGGUCUUGGUGUUCAGAUGAAUAAGAGACCAUUGUUACCUCCAAGCAGAAAUAAACCACAGGACAGAAGGUUCUAACACUGGCCCACGCAAAAGGGACCAUCCAUAGUCUGUAUCAAGAAACAAAGUCUGGCUUUAGGGGAGACCUUCCUGGAACACCUCAAGAAGCACUUGCACUAUCCAGAUCUCUGCUGUCUUGGGAACUCAUGGUAUCAAUACCAGCAGAACAGUGAAUGUGACAUCCAGUUCAAAGCAGCUGUAAAUACAGGGGAGCCAUUCUUGAAAACCUGCAUCGUUCAAAUUGCAACCCAAAUCUACAUAUCUCAAGUCGUUUUUGGUUGAAUUAAUAUUGUGAAAAUAUUCUCAUAAGUUUGAAAAAUUCCUUUUGUCAUUCAGUCUUUCCCUUCCUGGGUUGAAGAUAUUGAUCCCUCCGGCAGCAAGUGACAGCCAGACAUUUUCUGAUACCUUGUACUAGGUGUCUAUUCUUCAGCAUCGGCCCAGAAACAUGAGGAUAAGUAGUUGUUCAACAUUGGAACUGCUUAUGCCCCAAAGCCCAACACCGAUUCAACAAUCCAGCAGGGAUCAGUGGGUAGCAGUCAGGAUCGGGAAGUCUUGGAUGAAUCCCCUACCCAUUUACAACUAAGGCUACUUGCGGAUAGAAUUCUAAGCUGUUGCCUUUGGCCUUGAUUCUGAAGUCUUUUGUAUGAAAUUAAUGCCAUACAACAAGAGUGAAUAUUUCACUUGCCAAUGAUCCAAAACAAAAUUUAAGUGAACAUUCAUAAAUUGCUACUCUGGUGGAUUGUAAAAUGUUGAAAAAGAAUAGGGAACAAUGUCCAUCAACCACAGACCAGUCUGAUUACCUUCAGUGGUGGGAAGUUUUCAGAGACAAUAAAUUGACACAAGUGUAAUUCACACUGAUUGAUAUUAUGGGCUACAAAUUAUCAGCAUGUGGAUUUCUUAAACACAUUCAGGCUGAUGAAUUUGAGUUAGUUGAUGAAUGAUCAGGAUACAGUGAUGAAGGCAGUGUUGUUGGUGUAUAUGUGGCCAUACAGAAGGGCAAGGCAAAAUAUGAGAUUUUGCAUUUGGUGGAAUGAAAAUCCAAUCAUAGCAAGAGGGGAGCAGCAUGGAUCCAAAACUAAAUGGUUGCAGAAAGUAAUUGUUAACAAUUGUGUUUCUCUUUACAAACUGAAGGACAGCAUGUAGCAACAAUCCCUAGGGCUCAGUAUCUGAACUAUUGCUUUUUUUAAAAUUUAUGUUACUGAGCUGUAUCUGGUUAUACAGUAUUGGUAACCUUGGGGGCUCAAGGCUGAACAAGCUUUUAAAGCACAAUGUGGGAUCCUUGAUAAUUGUAAUCAAUAUAUUCAGUGCUGAAGUAAGGCUGUUCAUGCUGAAUCUUUAUAGUUACUAGUUAGGUAGUUCAAAGAUUACAUUUACUUCUGGGUUAAAAUUUUUGGGUGGAGGUUGAGGCUUUAAAGAAGAUGCCAAAGAGAUCUAUUAGAAUAGAUUUAAGAUUAAGAGAGCAACACACACAAAAUGCUGGAGGAACUCAGCAGGUCAGUCAGUAUCUAUGGAAAAAAGUACAGUUGACGUUUGGGCCGAAACCCUUCGGCAGGAUUAAGAGCUUAAAUUUAGGUAGGGAGGCUUCACUUCUAUGGAGAGAAGUUAAGUGUAUUCUCUUCAUGGUGGAGAGGGUUAGGGAAGAUUCAGAAGCGUGCCCAAAAUCAUGAACAGUUUUUAUAGUUCAAUAAGUAGGACACCUUUUUUCCUGGUGACAAUUGACAAAACAACACAGAAAGAUAUAUUUUGUGUUCAUGAUCUGGUAUACACUACUUGAAAAGUUCUAAGCAUAUUCAACAACAUCUUUCAAAAGGGAAUUUUAAAAAUACUUGAAAAGAAAUUUGCAGCAUAUGAAGAACCCUCAAGAAAAAAAUUAGGGUAAGCAGGCACAAUGAAAUGAACAGCUAUAGUACUCAAGUACAAUAUGUCAUAUAAUUUGAUCCAGGCCAUUUGACAGUCAUUGGAACUACGAACGAAAAGUGGGCUUAUCUUCCAAAAAAAGUAACUGUGGUCAGAUCAAAGACUGUUUCUAAAAGAUCUGAAAUAGGAACCCAUAAAUCUUGAAGUUGGUCUUUCCAGUUAGGUUUGAUGGAGACAAUUUAUUUAUUAACUAUUACUAUGGGUUUUGCGCUUUUGUGCUGACGAUUGUACUUUUUAUUUAUGUGUCAAGAUUACCGUGGCUUGGGAAACCCAGUAAUUGGAAAAUGUAAGAAAAUGUAAGAAAGGGGAAACUUGCAUGGUAAUUGCAAGUCAGGAUGAUCAAAUGUUUCCUCCAGACCCAAUAAAUUUACCCUUCAGCUACAUCCCUUCCUCACAUAAAGAGUGUAUUAUUGUUGACCCUCCCAAUGUCCAGCCAUCAUUUGGCACCCCUCCUGACCUCCUCUUCUUCCACCUCUGUCCCUCAGUCACCAUCUCCUGUGGUCCUUAAUGGCCACCAUAGUUAAAUUCCAUUACCAUUACAGGAAACUCGCACCAUCAUCUGAACCUUACCAACCUAGCCAUCAGAUCUUCUGCUGCAUAACCAUCAGUGGACACUUCAUUCCAGAGAGCUUUGGAUCUUCUGUCACCAUGUUAUCUGCCAUCCAUCAUACACCUUCCUCCACAAUCUCUCCUGCCCUUCAUCUUGCUCCACCUCUCUGUAGUCCUCACCCAAGGCUUUGCUGUUUCAGUUCCCUUCUAGACCAGCAUUGAAUUAAUCCAAGGAUUUGGAACCAAUAGAAAACACUUUAAGUGUGUUUUUGUGGUAGAAAGCAUGUGAUAUUCUGAACACCCAGUCUCCCGAGUUUUCUGGCCUCAAGACAUCCCCCCUUAGCAACACUGAAUGGAUCUCUGUGCUAAAAAUUUUUGGAAAAUGCAACCUUUUUAAAUGGAUUAUUUCUCAUCAGUUUUCCCUCCUCCUCGUCUGUAUCUGCAGUCUAUUGUUGAGACCUUGUCACAGAAACAACACUGUAAUGAUGUGAGGAAGGAACUUGUGGCUUCAAGCCACGGUCAACACCAAUCAGGUCUAACUAUCUGGGCCAAUACCACAGUGCUGCACUUAACAGACCUUUUCAGGUGAACUUCAUUAGGGAGCAGGCUAGAUCUUGGUUUUGUGAGCCAUCCACUAAAAUAGCUGAAAUACCCACGUUUAAAAUUUUCACCCAUGCUUCCAAAAUGUUGGGAUUCAAAUUCCUAGAGCUUGUCCUAAAAGUGGCCACACAAGUUGAUUGAAUGAUAAAGAAAGGAUGGGGCAUCCUUGCCUUUUUUGGUAGUGGCAUCAACUUCAAGAGUCAGGAAGUUAUGCUGUAAGAGUCUGGUUCAGCCACACCUGGGGUAUUGCAUUCAUUUCUGGGAAUCCCAUUAUAGGAAGGAUAUGAGGCUUUGGAGAGACUGCGUAAGUGUGUGUAUUACUUUGAUCCAGUAUCAGCAGAUUUUCUCUUGGUUGCAGAGUGGUUUACCAGGAUGCUGUAUGGAUUAGGGGUCAUGUGCUACAAGGAAAAGUUGGACAAACUCUGGCUGUUUUCUCUGGAGUGGCUGAGGGGAGACCUGAUAGAAUUUUAUAAAAUUAUGAAGGUAUAGAUGGACAGCUUACAUUUUUCCCCCCAGAGUCAAAAUAUCUAUUAGUGGAAGGCAUGCAUUUCUACAUGGGAGGCGGUGGAAAUUCAAAGACAAUUUAUUUUUUAAAUGAGUGGCCACUGCUGGAAUGGGCUGCCAGGAUUAGUGGUGGAGGCACAUAUGUUCAGUGUUCCAAAGGCUCUUGUGUUGGCACAUAAAUAUGCAGAGAAUGAAGGGAUAUGGAUCUUGUGCAGAGAGAAGGGAUUAGUUUAAAUGGGCACCAUCAGCUUGAUUAGUUCAGCACAGCAUUGUGAGCCAAUGGGUCUGUUCCUGAACUGUACUCUGUUCUAAUUCUUCCAAAGCCUCUACCACCCCGCUCUAACCGCCAUCCUGUAAUCUUCUCUUACCCUUCGUCCCACAUCUCUCCAGACCUCAAAUUCUAACCUCCUGUACCACCCCUGAUUUUAUGUCUUGUUUGUUCUUACUCUAUCUUUGGCAACUGUUUUCAGCUGCCUAAGAUGCAAACAUUCCCUUUCUGGAACACUCCCCCUCUCAAUGUCUCUCUCCUCUUUUAAUCUACUCUUUAAAAUGUGCGCCUUUGAACUUUUAGUAUUUUUUCUUAGUAUUAGUCCUUGUGUCUGAUACUUCUGCUAUCGGCAGAGCUACAUAAAUGCCCACUAUUGAUGUUGAGGUCCAGCAGAUUUACUUGAUUCCAAUCUGGUAACAUUGCUGGAUACAUCACUGAGCGAGUUCCUUAAUGAACACAAAAUCCCUGGCCUUUCUUAGCCAGAUGCAGGGCAAAUAAAUGGUCUGAGUCAGUAAUUGGAGUGAAAAAGGGGUAGUGAUAGGCAGGGGCUCCUGAUCCCUACCAUCAUACAGAGCUUCCCACUAGAAGGAUAUGGCUGUGCCUCAUCCCCAUCAUUAAACUUCCUUCACUCCAAUUACAGACUCACACCAUUUACUCUUCCUGCAACAUGAGUAGUUCUGUGGGCCUUCUGCAAACAUCUCUCACCACCGCCAUUUAUGUUCACUUACAAGACCAUAACCCAAUAAGGGUCAAGUAUAGAGCAGAUUAUGCACAGAUCUGACCUUGAACCUUCCAAGAUCUCAGGAGCACCUCUGAACUUGAUUGCCUCACUCUACUACCUCAUUGGAAAAGAGCUGUGGAGAGGGAGUGGGGUUGGCAGUGAAAAGUCAUAUUUUUCUCCCUGCUUGUUCCAUUUGGAAUUUUAAUCUAAUAAUAAAAGCAAAUGUUUACAUAGAAGUGGGACUAGAUUUCAGGGAGAUAAGUUAAAUCUCAUUUUAACGGUUUAUAGAGGAUAUGUGGCUUCUCUUUUUGUUUUACUUACAUGUGCAUUGUGUGUAACUGGUAAAAUCCAAGACAGUACUUGAACACCGUAACCUGUGCCUUCACAUUAUUUAUUAAUUUAAUAAAUUUAAU